AUGGGUCAAAUCUGUGAUGCACUAAAUGAGAGAGAAAAAGGUAAACUACCUAGUCAACCUCAACAAAUUCAAAAAAAUGCAUUUCAGGCAAGCACCUCAACUUGUAAUGAGACUCGUGAUCAUGCGAAUGCUGUCACCACUCUUCGUAGUGGUAAAGUUGUUGAGAACAAUGUACGUGUACUACAGUCAGUCGAGUCUAAAUCAGACUCACCGGUGCAUACAACUCCACAGAAAACGCCCGUUGUGGAAAAGGAAUCUGAGCAUGAUAGUGACUCUGAGAAUUCCACUAAUAUUAAUGUCCCUGCGCCAUCUCAUGUACCUGUUGCUCCAUUUCCUCAAAGAUUAGUGCAACAGAAGAAAGGUACCCAAUACAAUGAAAUGAUGGAGAUGUUUAAGCGAGUCAAUAUAAAUAUUCCUUUUCUUGAAUCAAUCAAACAGAUAUCUGUUUAUGCUAAAUUCUUGAAAGAUCUAUGCACACAAAAGUGGAAGCUUCACGUACACAAGCGUGCCUUUCUCACCGAGCAGCAAUUAGGUCUUGGGGAGCUGAAACCCACUCCUGUUACUCUACAGUUAGCGGACAGAUCUGUGAAAAUCCCUCGUGGACGUCCUUUCUUGGCAACGUCCAAUGCUAUCAUAAAUUGUCGUAUUGGAGUGUUGAAUUUUUCCUUUGGUAACAUGACUGUAGAACUAAAUGUUUUUAACAUUAGUCAACAACCCAUAGAUUGUGAUGACAGUGAUUUGCAUGAGAUUAACAUGAUUGAGAGUUUGAUCCAAGACUCAUUGCCUGACAUCUUAUAUGUGGAUCCUUUGCAAGCAUGUUUAGAUAACUUUGACUUAGAUCUCUUUGAUUCUGAGUACAUUAGUGAGGUUCACUCUUUGCUUGAAUCUGUGCCACCCAUGAAUAUUGCUAAAUGGCAAACUGCAGUGGAACCACUCCCACUCUCUGAUUCCGAAUCUGCCCCAAUUCCUGUCGAACCACCUAAGCUUGAUUUGAAACCAUUGCCUGAUACUUUGAAAUAUGCUUUCUUAGGUUCUUCUGAGACUUUUGCAUCAUGUUUAGAUACAGAACAUGAAAAAAAACUUUUAGAAGUGCUUAAAGAACAUAAAGAGGCCUUAGGUUGGACCAUCUCAGACCUUAAAAGCAUAGAUCUAGGGAAUAUCAUUUCUGAAAAAGGCAUAGAAGUAGAUAAAGCUAAAGUUGAUCUCAUUCAACACUUGCCUCAACCUCGCUCUGUGAGGGAGAUAAGGUCAUUCUUAGGCCAUGUCGGUUUUUACCGUUCAUUCAUCAAAGACUUUAGUAGAAUUUCAAGACCCUUGUGUAGUCUUCUCGCAAAAGAUGUCGCAUUUGUCUUUGAUGACGCUUGUAGGGAAGCAUGGGAGCAAUUGAAAGCUCUUAUCACAUCUUCCCUUAUAGUCAGACCACCUGAUUGGACCUUACCAUUUGAAAUUAUGUGUGAUGCGUCUGACUAUGUUGUAGGAGCUGUUUUAGGUCAGCAAGUAGACAAACUCCCUUAUGUGAUCUACUAUGCUAGUAAAAAACUUAAUGAUACUCAACUAAGUUAUUCAACAGCUGGGAAAGAAUUACUAGUUGUUGUGUUUUCAUUGGAUAAGUUUAGAUCAUACUUGAUAGGUUCUAAAGUCAUCAUAUAUUUUGACCAUGCUGCAUUGAAAUAUCUUUUGUCUAAAAAAGAUGUUAAAGCUCGUCUAAUUCGAUGGAUACUCUUGUUACAAGAGUUCAAUCCCGAAAUUCGAGAUAAGAAAGGAGAAUCAUUCCCUGACGAACAAUUGAUGCUUGUAUCUGAAAUGCCUUGGUUUGCUGAUAUUGUUAACUACCUUGUUACUGGAAGAAUGCCCUUGCAUUGGUCUAAACAAGGCCGCUCUAAAUUCUUGGCUGAAGUGAAAUAUUUCUUUUGGGAUGACCCAUACUUGUUUAAAUACUGCCCUGACCAACUCAUUAGGAGAUGUGUACCCAAUUCUGAACAAAGAGAUGUCAUCUCUUUUUGUCAUGACCAUGCAUGUGGAGGCCAUUUUAGUGCCAAGAAAACUGCUGAAAAGAUCUUGCAGAGUGGUUUCUGUUGGCCAUCAUUGUUCAAAGAUAGUCAUGCAUUCUGUGUUGCUUGUGACCGAUACCGGAAUUUAGGAAAACUGCAUACAAAACUCACAUUGGCAUGUCCCCUUCCUUAUAGGCUGGUGUAUGGUAAAGCAUGUCAUCUACCUGUAGAGCUAGAACAUCGUGCUUAUUGGGCUAUUAAGAAAUUGAACUUUGAUCUUGAUAAAGCGGGCACCCAACGAAAACUUCAACUCAAUGAGUUAGAAGAAUUAAGAAAUGAUGCGUAUGACAGUGCUAAAAUGUACAAAAAUAGAAUGAAAGUGUUUCAUGACAAGCGCAUUUUGCGCAAGUCUUUCACACCUGGUCACAAAAUUUUAUUGUACAACACUCGUUUGCAUCUUUUUCUAGGAAAAUUACGUUCUCGAUGGUCGGGUCCAUUCUUGUAUGAUUCUGAAGUAGAAAGGGAAGCAACCCAAGAGAGUGCAGCGAUUCUAAACUUGUCAGAAUCCAGGCAGUGA